UUCUUUCCUCUCUCCCUCCUUUCCCUAGUUAAGACAAAAUUAAAUAUGUAUUCAGUUAUUUUAUCAACCCUUUUUUUGGCGUUGUUUUUUGAUUCUACAUUUGCUUUAAUAGACAGUUUAUACUGUGGCCAACAUGAUUGUUAUUCAGGUAUUGGCGGUGUUAUUUAUUGAAUACUUAUAUUUUCAGUUCUGGGCGUGACUCGAGAUGCAUCGAAGACUGAUAUUGGAAAGGUGUAUCGCCAGCUGGCAAAGAAGUACCAUCCAGACAUGCAUAAAAGUCCAGACAGUAAAAAGAAAGCAGCUGAAAAAUUUACCUUAAUCGCAACUGCGUAUGAGAUUCUAAAAGAUGAUGACUCAAGAAAGGAUUAUGAUUACAUGUUGGAUAAUCCAGACAAGGUGUAUGGGCAUUAUUAUCGCUAUUAUCGUCGGCAGAUGGCACCAAAAGUUGAUGCCCGAAUUGUGAUUGUUGUUACUAUUACUGUUAUUUCUGUACUACAGUAUCUAGGUGCAUGGUCCAGAUAUAAAUCUGCCAUCAAUCAUCUCAUAACUGUGCCAAAAUACAGACUGAAGGCACUGGAGAUAGCAAAGCAAGAAAAAUUGUUGGAAAUGAAUAAAAAACGGGAUAGGAGAUCAAAGGACCAAAUUAAAGAAGAAGCUGAAGCUGUCCUAAAAAAAAUAUUAGAAGAAAAAAUUGACAUAAGGGGAGGUUAUUCAAAACCAUCAGUAGCCGACAUACUUUGGAUACAGCUUAUCUGUCUUCCUUAUUCUAUAUUAAAAUAUAUUUAUUGGAACUUCAGAUGGUUCUGGAAAUUUGUCAUCCUCAAACAUGAAUAUGGUGAAGAAGAAAAACUAUUCUUAAUUAGAAAACAUCUCCAAUGUUCUUUGACGCAGUGGGAUGCUAUUCCUGAAGAAGAAAAAGAAGAGUGUUUGGAAUCAAAACUUUGGAUCAAAGAUAAUUUUGUGAAAUGGAAGCAGAAAAAAGAGGAAGAUAUGAAAACAAAACUUGCUGAAAGUGCACGGUAUAAAAGUUAUAGGAGAUACAUGAAAAAUCAUGGUCCUGGUCAGAUUACAUUGGAUGACUGAGUAGGGUAAAGAUGAGCUGAAAAUAUUGGAGUUGCUUUCUUUGAGGUGUUUAAAAAAAAAUCUCAAGAUCGUGAAUGUCUUCAAGCUCAAGUUUUCCAGAUUGUGAUUCCUUUAACCCUCUGGAUGUACAUAUAUUUAUGUAUAUUAUAAUAAGUGUAAAAUUGGCUGUGUUGUAUUAAAAGACUACCCAAAACAUUAUUAAGGAGCUUUUCCGUGACCUUUGUUUUUGAUAAUGUAUUAAGGUAUCCAGAAAAUUUGUUGCUGUCAGAAUAAUAAAAUCUACUGUGAGACUCUCUGUAAAUAUUUCAAAUAAAUUAUCUUCAGCUCUUAUCUUUUAUAAUUUAAA